CCUGUACAAGAUCAGAUUAUUUGCUCGUCAUGUCAAAUACUUCAUAUCAGUGCAUUUUGUUUUUUCAUCAGGGGUUUACAGCCGACACUGCAUGAGAGCUGUUUUGGUUCCACUCUACAAGAAUGAUGUCUGGUUGAUCAAUUGGAUGGACGAUUGCAUUAACGUGUGAAAAAAAAAAAUUACUCUGGAUUCCACUUUUAAUGGAAGGAUACUGUUACAGAUUAACACUGAAGAAAUAAUGGGUUGCAGUCAGCAGAGGAACAUCAUUAUGUGUUUGAAGCCAAGAAAAUUAAACAAGAUACUUAAUAAGAGAAAAGACCAUCAAUAAAAGCUGGAACUGAAUAGAUAGUUUUUAUACCUUCUUUAGUGUUUUGAACAACAAACAGAUUCUAUUCUGCUUUCUUAAUCCUCCACCAAUUUGAUUUCUGACUGUUCCUUCUCAUCCUAUAUGUAUUUACAUCAAGAGGACUAAUCAUGCCAGAAAAUGUAAGCUCCAGAAUGGACACUCCCACCAACAUCUCCCUGGUGGGGCCUGGGGACCCUGUGUCUGAGUCCCUGGAGUAUAAGACCGUAUCUGUGUUCCUGGUGCUGCUGGUGUGUGGCGUGGGAAUAGUGGGAAACAUCAUGGUUGUGAUGGUGGUUCUUACCACACGCCACAUGCGUACACCCACCAACUGCUAUCUGGUGAGCCUUGCGGUGGCGGACCUGAUGGUUCUGGUGGCCGCGGGUCUGCCAAACAUCUCUGAGAGCCUGAUGGCUACCUGGGUGUACGGGCAUGCUGGGUGCCUGGGCAUCACUUACUUCCAGUACCUUGGCAUUAACGUGUCCUCCUGUUCAAUCACAGCUUUCACUGUGGAGAGAUACAUCGCCAUAUGUCACCCAAUGAGGGCACAAACUGUCUGUACGGUUUCCCGAGCCAAACGCAUCAUUGCUGGGGUGUGGGUUUUCACCUGUGUCUACUGUAUGCUCUGGCUCUUUCUGGUGGACAUCCAGGUGAACCCUGACGGUCGUGUUCAGUGCGGCUACCGCGUCUCUCGAGACCUCUAUCUGCCCAUUUACCUUAUCGAUUUCGCCAUCUUCUACGUUAUCCCGCUACUUCUGGCCAUCGCUCUUUAUGGUCUCAUAGCCCGAAUCCUUUACCUGAAUCCUCUGCCCCACCCACCAGAUUCGGGCACCAUAACCGCCCCCACUCUCAGGAGGAGCUGCAAAGAACCAGCGGACGCCGGAAAAGGAGGUCGUCAGGGACGGCCAAAGAGCGCGCUUUCUUCCCGGAAACAGGUCACAAAGAUGCUGGCAGUGGUGGUUGUGCUCUUCGCCCUGCUGUGGAUGCCGUACAGGACCCUGGUUCUCAUUAACUCCUUUGUGAGCACGCCAUACCUGGACGCCUGGUUCCUGCUCUUCUGCAGGACCUGCAUUUACGCCAACAGUGCAAUCAACCCUGUCGUUUACAACCUGAUGUCCCAGAAGUUUCGCUCGGCCUUCCGUGGGCUGUACCGCUGCCAUAGGGAAGACUUGCACCAGCGGACACUCUCCAUGCUCCAGAGCGGAUACAGCCUAGGAAGAGACCCCCGACUUUGCAGCAACACCAACGGCACCAGAGACACACCUAAGAAAAUUGGUUCAGUCACUCCUGAGCAGAAACAAAACAAAGGCAUGGAGAACAAGAAAAAUAUGGACAAGCUAAUUAGCGAUGGCGUAAAAAAUGAGAUUGAUCCAGGCAUCAACAAAAAUGCAGUUGAAAACUGCAACAUAGAUGAAUUGAAAACCUCAGUAGACAAGGAGAUGCCUACAGUGGAGAACGUGGACAUGAGCAAGAUUAAUGAUAAUGGGAAAAUAAUGGAGGAAAGCGCUAAUACUACUCAGGAUAUUAUCGCUGACAUGAGCAACACAGAGCAGACACAGCUAGCCUGCGGUGAAUUCAAAUCCACUCUGGGGGAAGCUAGACAGAAUGACACAGAGCUAAAUCACAGCAUUGUAUAGAUCAGUAUACUAUAUUUAAACAGUUUCAAGAAAAAGUAUGUGAACCACUUGCAGAAUCUGUGAAAAUGUGAAUAAUUUUAACAA